AUGCAUACUGCACUUAAUAUUCAAACGCGAGUUAUUUAUGAAGAACUAUAUUCUGCUCACAUUGAUCAAACUCCUUGUCUUAGAGCAGUUGAAAGAUGGUGUAAACGAUUUCGUAAAGGUCAAGAAGAACUUGAAGACAAAGCACGACUUGUACAGCGACCUCGUUCGUCUGGGAAAGAUCAGUUAGUAUUGCUGAGUCAUCGGCUUUGUUUAACAUACUCGCACAAUAAUCGAAUGAAUCGCACAGUGACGAUGAUGUUACUGCAAGACACACAUUAUACACAUUUUAUCUUACCAUUAGUGAAAAUAUAUUAUAAACUUGAUAUUUUAUUGAUGAACAUCUCGAGAAGAGAUAAGGAUGGACAACAUUUGAUCAUUAUUGCUGUUGAACAUGACAAUCGAAAACGUCAUUUUCUGAUCUUACAUUUGAUGAAUUAUUACAUCAAAAUUAUUACAUGA